AUGUCUAGCAGUCGCAAGAGACACCGUUCCGAAGUCGAUGACACCGCACUGGUAGACACCGCCAGACCGCCCAGAGAUGCGAAGGGACCAUUUCAGUCUCCUACGGCGGACUGCAUCCUCCGUUCAUCCGAUAAUGUCGAUUAUCGCGUACACAAACUCAUACUAUCGCUAGCUUCACCCAUCUUCGAAUCCAUGUUCUCUCUUCCUACACCAACACCCACCGAUAAAUCAGAUGGCGACUCAUCCACGCGAGACGGUCUUCCCGUUAUCCCUGUCCCCGAAACCUCGGCCAUUCUCAAUACUAUCCUAUGCCUUUGUUAUCCCACACAUCAUAAACUCACCAGGGAUCUGUCAAGCCUCAUGACUACGUACGAUGCCGCCGAGAAAUACUCCAUGGACGACAUCCUCCCUCGGCUCCAAGAACAGCUCAUCGAAAUUGCUGACUACAACACCAGUUCAGCUUAUGCGUUUGGCUAUCGCCACCAGCUCAAGAGUGUCGUCAUCGCUGCCGCCAUGGCCACGCUACCAAAGCCUCUUUCACAACUACCCUCUUCCCCUGAACUGGAACGGAUCACGGGGACGCAGCUCCAAAAGUUGAAUGAUUUUCACAACGAGUGCCAGACCAGUGCCAGUGCCAUGGCAUCCAGGUACAAAGGCUGGUCGUGGAUCCCCGACAUCUCGUAUCUACCCGUAGGUUCCAUGGAGAAGACGUGUGUCUGUCAGACAGAAGUGAUGCUGUAUGGUAGCAAUCUGGCAUUAAUCUCGUAUGAUGAGUCGUCGGUUUGGUGCGCCAAAUGGUUUGAAGAGUACAUGGUUCGAGCACAAUCUGCAUUACGGCACCGCCCGGUAGGUAGCACGGUAACGGAUGAUGACCUGCUGGUCCCAGCGCUGCGCCAAGCCGCUCAGUGCGGAAAAUGUGAGGCUGGUAUGGGCGAAAUGCUCCAAUUCAGUCGGGUUUUCUCUGAAGAAAUCGAUAUAGCCGUUCGUGAGAUCGCUGAGAGGGUUUUCGCGGACAUUGGUCCAAGUACCGGUUGAUCUUUCCUGACAAGACAUCGAUAAACAUGGUACCGUCAUCGCUAUCAUAUGUAUACAGUCCUUUUCCGAGACCCACGUUGACCA